AUGGAUUUGCACCUUCCAUUUGAGGAUUAUUAUUUUGCAAGAUCACGUAAUGGCUUAAUUUGCUUCCACUCAUGGCAUAAUGAUAAUUGUGGACCUACUUAUAUUUGUAAUCCAAUCGCCAGAGAAUACAUUAUGCUUCCAAGAUAUGAAAGAUGGUACUGGUGGACUGGAUUUGGAUACACUCAUUCAACCAAUGAGUACAAGGUUGUUCAGAUAUGUGAGUUUGGGGAAGACUCAAAUUUAGGAAGUGUUCAGGUGUACACUAUUGGCAGUGGUACUGGACGGAGAAAUGCAGGAAAGAUUGACAUCAAUAUGAGCGAUGUUAGAAAAGGUGCUGGUGUGUUUGUAAAUGGAGAUCUUAAUUGGGUAAACUACUACCAACAAACCAUUCUUGUUUUCCAUUUGACCGAUGAAAAGUUUUGUGAACUUCUAUCACCAUAUUCGGGAUGA